AGAUGAAGCAUAAAGUUGUCAAAUCCGUUAAACAUGUCGGCAUUUUGGAUAAGACCGUGAAACAAUUUACUCACCGCGGCACACUCAAGAGGUUGAGGAAAGCUAUGGAGGGUUUAGACAAGGUUGCUACGGAAGUGGUGGCGAUUCUCACAGUCACUGAACAUCGCAACAACAUUGCUUCUGGUAGUCAGCCACAGGUGAACUACAACUGUGAUACAGGUUCAACAUUAACUGCUCCUUACUUUGUUGGGCGAGAAAUGGAGAAGGAACGGAUAGUUCGAUGGCUGAACAGGACAUCAGUUGAAGCUUUUGAAAUUGUGACAAGUACUUACCAUGUUCCUAUUCUUUCCGUAGUUGGUCAUGGUGGAAUGGGGAAGACUACAUUAGCUCAACAUGUAUGUGAACAGGAGGUUGCAAAGAGUUUCAAGGUUAUAUGGGUCUGUGUAUCUAAUAGGUUUGAUGCAACAUCCGUGACAAGCAAAAUACUAGAAUCUGUUACAGGGGCAAAACCUAGUGCAGAUCACUUAGAGGCGCUUCAACAGAAACUCAAACAGGAACUGGAGUCUGUAAAAUUUUUCCUUAUUUUAGAUGAUGUUUGGGAAUGUAAGAAAAAAGAUGAAUGGGAAAAGAUAUUUGCUCCUCUGAGGAAAGGGGCGAGUGGGAGCAAAAUUUUAGUAACAACCAGAAUGCGAUCAGUAGCAGAUAUGGCUGCCAAUGCCAUGGGGGUUGAAGGAGAGUGCUUGGAAUUAGAAGGGCUGCAAGAAGCUGAAAAUCUUAAGCUCUUCAAUUAUCAUGUCUUUUCUGGUCGGAAUCCAAAAGAUUAUGGAGAUUUAAAAUCAAUCGGAGAACAAAUUGCAAAGAAACUGGGAGGAUGUCCAUUGGUAACAAAGGUUGUCAGUGGUCAUUUACGGUGUAAAAUGUGUUUUCAAUACUGGAGCAGUUUCUUGCAAGAAGGUCUGGAACAUUUUAAAGGAAGUGAAGAUGAUAUCAUGCAAGUCCUCAAAUUAAGCUACCACUACCUGCCAACAGAGCUUCAGAUUUGCUUUCGAUACUGCAGCUUAUUUCCGCAGGACUAUAAAUUUAAAAAGAAAGAUUUAGUGUUGAUGUGGCUUGGUUCAGGAUUGAUCUCACAGGACGGAAAUGGACUGAGGAGGCUUGAGGACAUUGGGGAGGAAAUUUUGGCUAUGUUAACUAGUAAAUCAUUCUUAGAUAUGAAAUUCAAAAUAAUUCAAUAUAGUCAGAGAAAAGAAGAAUAUUACGUAAUGCAUAACUUAAUGCACGAAUUGGCACAGCAUGUAUCUUCUGGUGAAUGCACAACAAUAAUUGAUCCUAGCAUAUUGGAAAAUGAGAAGGACACUGUUCGACAGCUACGUAUUGCUUGCAUUGACAAACUAUCUACUGAGGAGGUCAAGAAAAUCACACGUUUUAAGAAUCUUCGCACUAUUAUUAUUGAUGGUCCAGGUUUCAUUAACAAGGUUAUGUUACAUACGGUUGAGAGCGUUAUAGAAAGCUCAAAAUCCUUGCGUCUAUUGAGAUCAAAUUUGGAGAAUACAUACCAUCUUCCUAAACUUGCUGAUUUAAAGCACCUUCGUUAUGUCUAUCUGCAUAGGAUAUCAUCCGAGGGAAUAUGUGGACUUGUCAAACUUUAUCACUUACUGCUAGUUGAUUGUUUGAAUGAUUGGAAGGAAGAACCAAGACAAGCAAGGUAUUUGGGGAACAUUGAUCAUCUGCGAUAUGUAAAUUAUGGGCCAUAUAGAAUUGGCAUGUUUCCAAUUGGAAGACUCACUUCUCUUCAGGAGCUGCACAACUAUCGGGUACAAGGAAGUAAGGGUAACAGAAUAAGUGCUAUCGGGAACCUGAAAACUCUCCGGGAACUAGAGGUAUUGGGUCUUGAGAAUGUUGAGAGUCUUGAAGAAGCUGAUAAUGCCAAGUUAAAUGAAAAACAAUAUCUCAACUCUCUAUCUCUUUCGUGGUCAGCAUGGGCUAGUGUGGAAAACAGUAAAGAUGACUUGAUUCUUGAUCACCUUGAACCACAUGCUAAUAUUAGAAACUUGAAAAUUUCUGGAUAUGGCGGCGCAAGACUUCCUGUUUGGAUUGAGAACCUCCGUGUCAAAAACUUGGUGUCACUUGAGUUGGCGAGAUGUUUAUAUUGGGAACACCUGCCUUCACUUGGAGAACUCACAUUUCUUAAGAAACUUUGGUUGGAGUGCCUUCCUAGCCUACAACAGAUUGGUCAAUCAUCUCAGCUGUCCAACAUUAGUUGUAUUGAUUCUUACCUUCCUCCAAAUCUUGAGACUUUGAUUGUAAGACGUUGCAAAGAACUGACGCAGUUACCAAUCCUACCACCAAGCUUGGUUCACUUGGAAAUAAGUAAGGUUGGGUUGACCAAACUCCCGAGGAUAGGCAACCUAAACGGAGAGUGCAUUGAUACCAAGCCAUCUAAAUUGCUGUUUGUCAGUGUUGAAGAAUGCGAGUGUUUGACCUCACUUGAAAGAAGCCUUCGAUUGCAAAUGCAGUACAUCAGAACUAUCCAUGUCCUACGCAUCAGCGACUGUAAAGAACUGGAGUCUGCGCCCUUGUCGUUCGAAGAAAUGAGUGAGCUUAGAGAACUCGAUAUCAGAAAUUGUCCGAAGCUAAGGACAUCAAGCGAGCUUGAAGGCAAGAUCCUGCCGCCAUCACUUGAAAAUCUUACAAUCAAGCAGUUUGGUGACCUAGAACAGUCGCUGAUCAAGUCACUUCAUGGACUCGCUAACCUUUCUGAGCUGGUGCUGGAGAACUGCCCGGGCCUGGUAUCCCUGCCCUCAGCAGAUGUGUGCAAGAGUCUCAAAUCACUGAAGUUCAUGGAGAUUAUCAGGUGCGAGAAUCUCUCGUCGUUUGGUGGGCUCGGCUCCCUUCGAUCCCUUAUUGUGCUGAAAAUCAGCACCUGCAGUAAGCUCACAGAAGUUGGCUUGUCUCUAACUCCACACGCAUCUGCUCCUUCUGCUGCUGAUUCUGCUGCUGGUAUAGAAGAGGUGAAUCUGGUGGUGCCUGCCAGCUCCCUGCAGAUCGACUACCUUGAAGUUGAUCUCCCAUACGUAUUGAACAUUGAGCCUCUCAAGAGCCUCUGCCACACCAAAGGAUUGGUCAUUAGAGAUGGAAUGCAGAUGGAGAGCUUACCUGAACAAUGGCUCCUGCAGAACCACAAAGAACUCCGAUCACUGAAGGUGUUGAGUGCCAAUUCCUUGGAGUCUCUGCCGCUAGGUAUGCGAGACCUGAGCUCUCUCAACUUCUUGCUUCUAUCAGGUGUUGAGAAACUCCGAUCACUUCCGGACCUGCCCUCCUCCCUGCAGUGGCUUCAUGUUAUGGGCUGCUGUCCAGAGUUGGAGACACAGAUUAGAGUAAAGGACAUCCCUGAAUGGAAUAAGAUCUCCCACAUCCCCAAGGUGCACAUAGCCGCUGUCAAGACUGUCCAGUCUCCUCACAUUUUUCAUGCACUCUAUGUAGGUGGUUAUUACUUCAUGUACGGCAAAGAAUGCAGCGAAGAGGCUAUUUAUGGACGAAGCCAUCAAUAAUCAUUGAAGCAUAAGCAUGUUUUACUCCAUCUAAUUCAAAUCUUCUACUGUUUUGCUUGCCAUUGUCUUCACUCGAUUCUUCUUGUGCGAUAUCUCUAAUAGCUUUAAUUCUUCACUGUAUUAGCCACGUAUGGUGUCAUGCCCCAGUUUUGGGGUGCUUUUGUGCGAAUGUAUUGGGUUGUUGCUUUUGGU